AUGGGUUCCUCUGGCUGCGUCCAGGAAGUGGGCUUGCCGAUGGCUGGAGGCGCCUUCAAGUACCAGGUCGCAGUGGCUGCCAGCCCCGCAGACGGUGGAGGGGUCUAUGCCAUCCCCUUCGCGCAGACGUGCGGACAUGUGGUCUAUGUUGACCCCUCCGGCCGAAAAGAGCAGAUCGGGGAGGAGUUGCCGAUGGGACAAGCCCGAUAUGUGGCAGCGGUGAAUGCCCAGAACAAGAUCUUCGCAGUCCCCUGCCACGCACGGAAGGCGUUGGAGGUCGACCCGAAGACCAAAAGCGUGCGGGAGUUUGGGCAGGAGUUCCCCUAUGGCGGCCUGAAGUACCAGGCUGCUGUUUGUGGCCUCGAUGGCUGCGUCUACGGCAUCCCUUUCAACGCAGAGCGCUUCCUCAAGCUCGACCCAAUGAAGGGCACCAGCCUUGAGGUGGGUGAUGCACUGCCCAGUGGCGGCUUCAAGUACAUGACCGCAGUAGUCGCUCCAAGCGGAAGGAUCUAUGUGCCUCCCUUCGAUGCCCAGCAGGCUUUGGAGUUCGACCCCACCACGGCUGUUUGGCGCCCCUUGGGACCUUCCUUCUCGGAAGGAGGGCAGAGAUAUGUGGCAGCUGUCCUGGCCAGUAAUGGAAACAUUUAUGCUCUCCCGUGCAAUGCCGAGCGCAUCCUGGAGAUCAGCCCACUCCAUCGGGAUGCACGUGAGGUGGGUCCCAGCUUCCCGCGCGGCCUGUUCCGCUUCCAGGCUGCUGUGGCGGCUCCAAACGGCAGGAUUUAUGGUAUUCCAUACGACGCAGCACGCGCUUUUGAAUUCGACCCCUCGACGGGCUUGGCCCUGGACAUCGGUCAUGACUUGUCCGGAGGCGGAAGCAGGUACUCGGCUGCGGCGAUGGCACAGAACGGCCUGAUCUAUGCUCCCCCCUGUAGCGCUGAAUGCGUGUUGGAGAUAGACCCCUGGACGCAAGCUGUGCGAGAAGUCGGACCAAAACUUCGUGGGAUCGCCGAGGUCGAUGAAGGUGGGGACAAGUACCAAGCCAUUGUCAGCAUGCCAAACGGAAACCUUAUCGCUGUGCCCUACAAUGCCGAACGCAUACUCGAGAUCGUUCCGCGGCAUCUGGACAUGCAGCCGCCGCUCGCACUGGCCGGCUGUCUCGAUACGAUGGACUAG